GCUCGGGCGGCGGCCGAAGGCCGGGCCCGGCGGGCACCAUGGCGGCCGCCCUGGGCGCGGGCGGAGGAGCGGGCGCCGGAGAUGAUGACUUUGAUCAGUUUGAUAAACCUGGUGCAGAGCGGUCUUGGAGAAGAAGAGCUGCUGAUGAGGAGUGGGACAGUGAACUUGAAGAUGACUUACUUGGAGAAGAUUUACUUUCUGGCAAAAAGAAUCAGUCGGAUUUGUCAGAUGAAGAGUUGAAUGAUGAUCUUUUACAGAGUGAUAAUGAAGACGAGGAAAAUUUCAGUUCUCAAGGUGUCACAAUUAGUCUCAAUGCCACCUCUGGCAUGGUUACAUCGUUUGAGCUGUCUGACAACACAAAUGACCAAUCUGGAGAACAGGAGUCUGAGUACGAACAAGGAGAGGAUGAAGUAGCCUACCACAAACCUGACGGACGAGAAUUGUAUCCUCAGGAAUACACAGAGGAAGGACAGUAUGAAGGCCACGGGACAGAAUUAACAGAAGACCAGAUAGAAUAUGGGGAAGAGCCGGAGGAGGAGCAGCUAUACAGUGAUGAAGUGCUGGACAUCGAAAUCAAUGAACCUUUAGAUGAAUUUACAGAUGAAGAAUACUUGCAGGCUUAUGGUGGGCACCAAGGGCUGCGAGCACAGGAAGACUGUGAGGCUGAAGAUGACUUAGAUGAGAUUACUGAUUCCCAGGUUGCUCCUGAGACCCACGAGGGAGGUAUGGAAACCCUGGAACUGCAGAAGGACAUAAAAGAAGAGUCAGAUGAAGAAGAUGAUGAUGAUGAAGAAUCUGGUCGAUUACGUUUUAAAACUGAAAGAAAAGAAGGAACAAUUAUUAGGCUCUCAGAUGUAACUAGAGAGAGGAGGAACAUUCCAGAAACUUUGGAGCUUUCAGCAGAAGCUAAAGCUGCGUUACUUGAAUUUGAAGAAAGAGAACGACAGCAUAAACAAGGACGUUACGGUUCCCGGCGAGGAGGAAGACGAGGUGGUGGCUCUCUGAUGGGUCGUGGAAUGGGAGACCAGAGAAGAGAGAGCAAUGAGAGGGCAAGGAUGAAGGAUCACAGGCCUGCCCUGCUUCCCACACAACCUCCUGUUCUGGCUCACUCUCCAAGGUUAAUUCCUCCUCCACAGCCACAGCCGCCGCCGCCCCCGCCCCCACCUCAGCAGCAGCCAAUCAGAAGUCUGUUCCAGCAGCAGCAGCUCCAGCCCCUGCUCCCCCUGCAGCACCCCCACCACCCCUCCCCACCACAGGGUGUGCACAUGCCCCCACCCAUGGAGGCUCCGAGGAUGAUGCUGGCCCCACCCCCUGUGACCCCACAGCAGCCCAAAAACAUCCACAUCAACCCGCACUUCAAAGGCACCGUGGUGACCCCUGUGCAAGUGCCCUUGCUGCCAGUUCCGAGCCAGCCGAGGCCUGCCGUGGGACCCCAGAGAUUCCCAGGCCCCCCAGAAUUUCCACAGCAUACACCUGGACCUGUGCCCAACAGUUUCAGCCAGCCCCCACGACUUCCUCUGCAGGACCAGUGGAGAGCCCCACCCCCACCCCAGGAUCGAGACCCUUUCUUCUUGGGAGUUUCAGGUGAACCAAGGUUCCCCAGUCAUCUUUUCUUGGAACAGCGAAGUCCUCCUCCACCGCCACCUCCCCCCACACUGCUGAACAGCAGUCACCCCGUUCCUGCUCAGAACCCCUUACCAUUCACUCAGCCGGGACCAGCAUUUAAUCAGCAAGGACAGCAGCCAGUGUUCCCGAGAGAAAGGCCCGUAAGGCCCGCCUUGCAGCCCCCAGGGCCAGUGGGGGUCCUGCACUUCAGCCAGCCAGGGUCAGCAGCCUCUCGGCCUUUCAUUCCUCCUAGACAGCCGUUCCUGCCCAGCCCUGGACAGCCCUUCCUGCCCUCUCAUGCGCAGCCCAGCCUGCAGGGACCCUUGCAUCCUCCAUUGCCACCUCCUCAUCAGCCGCAGCCCCAGCAGCCCCAGCCGCAGCCCCAGCAUCAUCAGCACCAGCCUCCACACCAGCCCCCGCUGCAGCCGCCGCACCAGCCGCCCCCGCCGCAUCAGCCGCCCCCGCCGCACCAGCCGCCCCCGCCGCACCACCACCACCUCUCUGCGCCUCCCCCUCCCCUGAUGCCCAUGUCUCAGCCGCAGUUCCGUCCGCACGUGCAGACUGCCCAGCCGCAGCCCAACAGCAGUCGGAUACAGUGUGCUCCACGCCAGGGCCUGCGCCACAAUGCAGCAUCUCAGAAUGUAACCAAACGGCCCAUGCAGCAGAUGCAGCCCACGGCUCCCAGAAACAGUAAUUUGCGUGAAUUACCCAUAGCACCAUCACAUGUCAUGGAAAUGAGUAGCAGUCGAUGCUCCUCCACUCCUGCAGCUCAGGUGAAGCCCAUUGCCAGCACGUCCCCACCCUCCCGGGCUAUGGCUUCCAGGAGUUCACAGGGAAAGACAGAGGCCAAGGUCAAGCCUGUUAGCCCCGUGGCUCAACCAAAGGAAGAAGCAAAAGCAGAACCAGAGUUUCCUGACGAAGAUGAAGAAACAAGGUUAUAUCGCUUAAAGAUAGAAGAGCAGAAGCGCCUACGAGAAGAAAUCCUGAAACAGAAGGAGUUACGACGGCAGCAGCAGGCUGGUGCCAGGAAGAAGGAGCUUCUGGAGAGACUUGCGCAGCAGCAGCAGCAGCAGCAGCAGCUGCAACUGUAUGUUCCACAAGCUCCCGUGGAGCAAGAGGAGCCGGCGGCUGCACCCUCGCCUACCAACGGUAACCCACUGCUGCCUUUUCCAGGCACCCAGGGCAGGCAGAAUGUGAAAACAAGACUGCUUGUUAAAAACCAAGAUGUUGCUGUGGCAAAUGUUCAGCCUAAGACAUCAAACUUUGUCCCAUGUGGUGCUAAUAUGCAGUAUCAAGGACAGCAGGUGAAACCACUGAAGCAGUUGAGGCCUGCCAGAACAGGACCGCAGAGUCAGACCCAGCCGCCACAGAAAGUACUCCCGAUCAAACCUGUGGAUGUGGAGGAGCUGCCCCCUCAGCAGGUGCCCCGAGCAGUACCCCUCCAGGGCCGUCCUCAGGACAUGAAGCCUGGUGUGAAGAGGACUGUCAUGCACCGGGCUGGCAGUGGCGGUGGCGGAGACGGGCCGCAUGUCAGCUCUAAAGUCAGGGUGAUUACCUUGUCAGGAGGGCAGGGAGGAGAGAGCGAUGGCUUUUUUCACCCAGAGGCCCAGGCCCAGCGGCUUCCUCAGCCUUCGGAAGUGAGACAGCAGCCUGCCCGCAAGGUGACGCUGACUAAGGGGCCCCCCCAGCCGCCCCCGCACCUGCCAGUGGGGCCGCACAUGCACCCGGCUGUUCCUCCUGGGAUCAAAAGCAUCCAAGGCAUUCACCCGGCCAAGAAGGCUGUCAUGCAUGGACGAGGCCGAGGACUGGCAGGCCCCCUGUGCCGGGGGCGCCUGAUGCCAAAUAAGCAGAACCUGCGGGUGGUGGAGUGCAAGCCCCAGCCCUGUGUGGUGUCCGUGGAGGGGUUAUCUUCGUCCACCACCGAUGCCCAGCUGAAGAGCCUGCUGAUGUCCGUGGGGCCCAUCCAGAGUUUACAGAUGCUUCCCCAGCAGCGGAAAGCCAUUGCGAAGUUCAAGGAGCCAGCCCACGCGCUGGCGUUUCAGCAGAAGUUCCACAGGCACAUGGUCGACUUGUCCCACAUAAACGUGGCCCUGAUCGUAGAGUGAUUCCCCAGAGUCGGGCCUCACACUGCACACACUGUGGAAUGUCCUCGAGGAGGCUGCUGGCCAGCGGGACCCCAGGAGCACAGGUCUCCAGUGCACAGUCUGCUAACUGUUGUUCAGGACACCCACCAGCCACAGGGUGGUUCCAGAAGAGCUAAACCGUUGGGACGUGAUGAGCAGAGUCUGGUGUUAGGUUGCUUCCAGUUCUGUUGUCAGAACUCCAGUCCUCCUUUUCUUUUGUUUUCCAAGUGCUUACAGAGCACGUAGACCCUGUUCUGGACGGCCUCCUGGGUGAUGGGCCGCAGCAGCUCGCAUUCAGGAAGGAAUAUCACUGGCACAUGUUCAGAGUGGUUUCCAUAGCAAAGAAUACUUGAUAAUGGUUGCGCUUAUCUUCAGUGCAGGCUAGAGAAGAGCAUUCUACCCAGGCUUAACUGGAGUUGUUUGCUCAGAAAGCCCUCAAAGGCUCUGGUAAAAACGUAGGUUAAAAUUGGGGUGAUCUUGGAUUGGUGCAGGCACACCCUGGGAAGCCAUGGUGUGAGCGGGCGCUGGGAGGGGUGCCGUGGAAGUGGCGAUUCUGCUUCUUGUGACUGUCUCCCACACGCCAGCAGCGCCUUCCAGAGUCCUAGGUGAGCACUCGCAGACACGCAAGUGCUAGCUGGGUCGGGGGCCCCCGCCACCGAAGGCGGGAGAGCUCUGCUGCCUCCCGGCAGCCCUCUUGCCCAGUCCCCUGCCGUGCAAAGUGGAGGUACAGUUUGGAGGGCAUCAGAUCUCUUUGAGUUUUGCUUUUAAAUGCUUCCCUGGGUGGCGUGUUUGUGUUGCCAGCCGGGUGAUGUGCACAGUCAGUGCUCUUUUUUUUUUUUUUUUUUAACCUUUGUUUUAGGGGCCUUUUGAGGGCCUGCCAUUCUCCACGCAUGUAGUAGGAGACAUGCUGUCUGGGGGACACCGUCACCCAGAAAAAGUGUAUCUGUGGUAAUGGUCCUGGGGGGUAUUUGCAGUCAGCUGACUCUGUGCUGGAUGACAGAGCUGCCCACCCGUGCUCCCGCCGGUGUGCAGGGUCCACAGCGGGGUGCCGUCUGACAGGGCGUGGCCGUGGCACACUCAGGUGCCUGUGAUUCCACACCACCUUUAGAUUUAGGGGCGGGGGGAGCUAGAAGGCUGCACCCACUUCCUGUCCCUGGUUAGCCCACUGAGCACUGGCCCGAGCCUUGCAGCUCUCUAAGCCACUGUAGAGGCCACGGCGGCGGCGUGGACUCACGGCAGCUGCUCUCCAAAGCUGGAGCACUGCAGUACACUGCGGCUGCGUCACCAAGGUGAGGAGAGAGAGAGAGAGAGCGGCCGUGGAGGCCCCUGGGACAUGGCCCCAUGGGACCUGACCCAGCACUAAUUCUGCUUCCUAGUGCCCAUGGAAUUCUGGGGAUGUGGGCAGUUAUUUGGACCCAGGAGAUGUCAGCACUCACAGGUUGUUCUAGAAAACCCUGCAGCUCUGCUGCCAGCUCUGUUCCAGAAGCCCCUGACUUGCCCCUUGCAGACACAGCCUGUGGCUCAGCUUUGCAGGCCUGUAGCAGGCCUGGGCCCCGGGGCAUCCCUGUGCUAUCAGCGGUGGCCUGCCAUCGCUCGUUAGACACAGGUGUGCUCCCAGGUGCACAUGGCAGCUUAUUGGGCUCAGUUGAGUGGAUAGGUGGGUAGCCAUAAGGUGCUAGUCCGAGGAGAGCCAAACCACGGAUCCCUCGCCGGGCCCUGGGAAGGCUUGUGCAAUCCAACGGGCUUAUUAGCAAGUUUCACAGUUUGCCAAGUGGCUCGCCUGUGUCUGCAUUUUAUCUCUUGAGAAGUAGGCACUGAAGCAUGAAAGUCAGUGUUAGGGAAACAAGCCCCGCCCCAUUGUGGAAGAUAGACUUCCGGAGCUGUGUGUUGUAACUGCACACACCAGCACGCACGCGUCACAUGAGAGCCAGGCCUGGAGUGGUUAGAACAGUCACAGGGGAUGGGCUCGGUAGAGGCACAGGCUUAGUCUCCUGGAAGGAAACCACAGAGAAGGAGAGAAGCAGAAUUAGGAAGUUUUGCCUUUCCAUUUCCGGUGCACGUCCGCAGUGAAGUCCAGCCACGCACCUGACCUCGUGGAAGAUCUGCUGCAACCAUUAUCUUUGUUCUUUUUUUUUUAUCAUGCAUUUGAAAUGAGAUGCAAAAGCAUUGGCAUAUGUAAAUAUGGACCUUUUAAAAUUAAAAAGUUACUGGAAAUGCUUUCAGCUCAGCAACAUCUUAGCUAUUUGUUAGUUCUUUUGUGUUGUCUCAUCAAAGUUUAAUGGAGACACUUCCGUAAUUGUUGAUGUGUUUGUGUAUACAUUCAAUUUUUAUAAAGAUGGUAGUAAGUCAAUA